GACCGGCGCCUUCUCCUUGCUUCUCGGGGUCGUGGCCUUGCUCCCGCCGUGCAAGGGAAGAGUUCGGGCGUGUCCACGCGCGUGUGUGCGCGUGGGGCCUGAAGUGCUCGUGCGUCCAGCUAGGUCUCUGUGGGGCAGAAGCAGGAGCCAUGGGCGGGACCUCCAGCACCCGCCGGGUCACCUUCGAGGCGGACGAGAAUGAGAACAUCACCGUGGUGAAGGGCAUCCGGCUUUCAGAAAAUGUGAUUGAUCGUAUGAAGGAAACCUCCCCAUCUGGUUCGAAGUCUCAGCGGUAUUCUGGCGCUUAUGGUGCCUCAGUUUCUGAUGAAGAAUUGAAAAGAAGAGUGGCUGAGGAGCUGGCGUUGGAGCAAGCCAAGAAAGAGUCUGAAAAUCAGAAACGACUUAAGCAAAGCAAAGAACUGGACCGAGAGAGGGCUUUUGCCAAUGAGCAGUUAACCAGAGCUAUUCUUCGAGAAAGGAUAUCAAGUGAAGAAGAACGAGCCAAGGCAAAGCACCUGGCUAAGCAGCUGGAAGAGAAAGAUCGAGUGAUAAAGAAGCAGGAUGCAUUCUACAAAGAGCAGCUGGCUAGACUGGAGGAGAGGAGCUCAGAAUUCUACAAAGUCACCACCGAACAAUAUCAGAAAGCAGCUGAAGAGGUGGAAGCAAAGUUCAAGCGGUAUGAGUUUCAUCCUGUCUGUGCUGAUCUGCAAGCCAAAAUUCUUCAGUGUUACCGCCAGAACACCCAGCAGACCCUCAGCUGCUCUGAUCUGGCCAACCAGUACAUGCGCUGUGUCAAUCAGGCCAAACAGAGCAUGCUUGAGAAGGGAGGAUAAACUCAACUUUUAGAACAAGCAAAACUCCUCAACGUUAAUUCCAGAGGCGGAACAUUUUUUUUUUUUCCUAGUGAGAAAGUAACCCAUUUAAAGAGAAGACGAUUAAAGAGAAGCACCAGAGAGCAGAUUCAGCCGAAGCACAUCCCAGUUUGAGUAGCUGCAGUGUGAAAAGCCGAGGCCUAGAUCAGGUAUCUGCCAGCAAGGACACUGCAGUGUUAGUCAACCCAUUUAUGACCAUUAAAAGAGAAAGGCACCCCCUCCACCUUUUUAACUUUCUGUUCUUACCAGGCUCCAUGGUUUGGUGAACGUUCACCAAACAAAGCUGGGGUCUGGGAUGGUGGGGGGUGAAAGAGGGGACAAAGGUAAUUAGAGUGGGGAGGUGGGAGGGGCACCAAACCUCCCUCUCCGCCCAGCGGUGCUGGGUAGAAUUGUCUAGGCUGUGGCACGUUGUUUCUCUCUUGUUCCUUUCUCCCCUUACUAUAUAAGAGCUACUUCAUUUUAACUUAUUAUAGUGAUCAUGUAAGUAAGACAAAAAGGAGAGAAAAAUGUACCUCUUUUACUGGAAUGAUGUUUAUGAUUACAAGUGAAAUAAGGCAUUUUUUAUCCUCAUAAAGGCAACCUUGGCUUAUACAACCUCUUCUCGAUCAUGAAUACUGACAUCUUUACUUCACUCACUAUCAAUAAUAA